AUGUCGAGGGGUAGAUCUGAGGAAUCACAAAAGAAGCGCUUAGUUGCUUCAGUUUGUGCUGUGGCAUUUUUUCUGGGUUUUCUAUAUGUAUACAGUGGAUCCAUCUUUGGUUCUCGGAAUAGUGGUUCAUCUGCACUUGAUUAUGGUAGCAGAUCAUUGAAAAGACUUGGAGCAUCAUAUUUGGGUGCAGAUGACACUGAUAGCAAGCAGGAUGUGUCUUCAUCAAGUUUUGCACAGGAUGGGGACGAUGAUAUUAUACCGAAAAGCUUCCCGGUUUGCGAUGAUCGUCAUUCAGAGUUGAUUCCCUGCUUGGACAGAAAUUUUAUAUAUCAAAUGAGAUUGAAAUUGGACCUUUCUUUGAUGGAACACUAUGAGAGACAUUGUCCUCCCCAAGAAAGGCGAUUUAAUUGUUUGAUUCCACCUCCACGUGGAUACAAGGUUCCAAUUAAGUGGCCACAGAGUAGAGAUGAGGUUUGGAAAGUAAAUAUACCACAUACUCACCUUGCACAUGAGAAAUCUGACCAGAAUUGGAUGAUUGUAAAAGGUCAAAAGAUAGUGUUUCCGGGAGGAGGAACUCAUUUUCAUCAUGGAGCUGAUAAGUACAUUGCACAUAUGGCAAAUAUGCUCAACUUUUCAAAUGACAAUCUCAAUAACGAUGGGAAUCUACGCACAAUUCUUGAUGUUGGUUGUGGUGUUGCAAGUUUUGGCGGUUAUCUUCUAGGAUCUAACAUCAUUGCAAUGUCAUUGGCACCCAACGACGUACAUCAAAAUCAAAUUCAAUUUGCCUUAGAAAGAGGAAUACCUGCCUAUCUUGCUGUCCUAGGAACAAAGAGGCUCCCUUACCCAAGCAGAUCUUUCGAACUGGCGCAUUGUUCGCGCUGUCGAAUCGAUUGGCUCCAAAGAGACGGAAUACUACUUCUUGAGCUGGAUCGGUUGCUUAGGCCAGGAGGCUAUUUUGCAUACUCUUCUCCAGAAGCAUAUGCUCAAGAUGAAGAGGACUUGAGGAUAUGGAGGGAAAUGAGUGCCCUUGUAGGACGUAUGUGUUGGAAGAUUGCUGCAAAGAAGGACCAAACUGUCAUUUGGCAAAAACCUUUGACGAAUGAUUGUUAUAUGGAAAGGGAACCUGAUACCCAUCCUCCUUUGUGCCAGUCAGAUGAUGACCCAAAUGCAGUUUGGGGUGUUAAUAUGGAAGCUUGCAUAACACCUUACUCUGAACAUGACAACAGAGCCAAAGGUAGUGAAUUAGCUCCAUGGCCUGAAAGAUUAACCAGUCCCCCUCCUAGGUUAGCUGAUUUGGGCUAUUCCAGUGACAUGUUUGAAAAGGACAUGGAAACAUGGCAAAGAAGAGUUGAUCAUUACUGGAGUCUUUUUGGUCCAAAAGUCACAUCAAACACUAUAAGGAAUGUGAUGGAUAUGAAAGCAAGCAUGGGUUCCUUUGCCGCUGCUCUUAGAAGCAAGGAUGUUUGGGUGAUGAAUGUUGUACCCCAUGAUGGACCAAGCACUCUUAGGAUUGUAUAUGACAGGGGUCUCAUAGGAUCUACCCAUGACUGGUGUGAAGCAUUUUCAACAUACCCUCGGACUUAUGAUUUACUUCAUGCUUGGACGGUGUUCUCUGAUUUGGAGAAGCGAGAUUGCAGUCCAGAGGAUCUUUUAAUCGAGAUGGACCGCAUGCUUCGACCAACCGGUUUUAUUAUCAUCCACGAUAAACAACUUGUGAUUGAUUUUGUGAAGAAGUACCUUACAGCAUUACACUGGGAAGCAAUUGCAACUUCAGAAUCCAACUCUGACGAUGGCAACGAAGUAAUUCUCGUUAUCCAAAAGAAAUUAUGGUUGACAACUGGGAGUGUUGAUACAGAUCAAUAGGAUAAUCAUAUGCCUUCUAUGUUUCAUUUCCUCUCUCUCUUUUCUGUUAUCUUUUCCUAACAGGGAUCAAAACCGUGCGUGU